UAUUACUGUGACAGAUUUUGUUGUGGUAAACACUUUGACGGUUACUUGUUGUUAUUGUAAUUCAGUCUUUGGCUGGCGAUGUAGCUAUUAGAGUAGUGGCGUUGUAUUUACAUUUGAUUGUGUAUAAUAUUUUCGAAUUUUAGUACAUGCAUUGCUUCUAAUGACUUUAGCCUCGAGCACAAAAAGUGAGACUGAAAAUCUACUAAUGGAACUGGAGAAGAACGCAAACAGCAAAAGGGAGGUGCCUAAAAGGAAUGCAACAGGAGAACUGAUCCUAGCUGUGAAGCGUGGGAGGGUGAAGUACGUGCAAGAACUGUUGGCAGCCGGAGCAAAGAUCACGGUGCGGGACAGGAAGGGGAACACAGCCCUGCACUGGGCGGCACAACGGGGAAAUAAGGAGGCCGCCAGGUAUCUGCUGCAAGCCGGGGCCAACGUGGAGGCUGUCGACAGCUGGUGGCGGCAGACGCCAUUGCACAGGGCUGCAGAGUGGGGCCACAAGGCAGUGGCGAAGAUGUUGCUGAUUUCCGGUGCUGACCCCGACAUCUGCGACGGGGAUGGGAGGACGUCACUACACUUGGCGGCCUUAGGUGGCCACGUGGGGAUGGUGACAGUGCUGCUGGCAGCGAGUGCAGACCGGGGCAUCAAGGACUAUGGAGGGAGGAUGCCUGUAGACAUGGUCAGGGAGAAGGACAGGGAGCAGCUGUUGCCCCUACUCAGAUGUUGCGGUAUUGGCUUGAAUGCGCCCAAAAGUGAACUUCUGGAGAAGAAAAUCCAGUGAUAGGCACUGGAGUACUUCUACCUCAGCAUCCUGUGUUCCUCAAGCUGCCCUACACCAGACAAGCAGGAUCCACGUGCAACACCUGCAGCAACAUUUUUCAGGUGGACAUGACGUCGAGUGGAGCUUUCCUAUCACAAUAACGUCGCCCGGCCGAGUGUAUCUGGGCCACCAGCCCAGCUGAGAUUACUUGCACUGUGGAUCAGCUUCUCAUCAGCUGGAUUGAGGCCUGUCCUGUGCUGAUAUCAGUGCAGGCUUCUGAUGUGAUCACCAACAGCAUCGCGCUAUGCCUCCGCUUCAGUUCGGACUUCAACUCCAGCCAGAGCACUGAUGGGGUCUCCUCAAAGUGCACCAUCUACAAGAUGUGCCAGAGGUAUGCUACUUCCUGCCAGCCUCAUGCUUUCAGUUGUGGAACGGCAUUCAUUCCUGUGAAGGUGCUCCACACCAGUGGGGCCCUAGCCCUCCAUUGUCUCAGGAGGUCACGGGUCACACCAGGUCUGGGUCACCACUGUCAGUACACGUACUGGCUGCUAGUCCACACCAGCUGAGGUGACACUACCCACUCAGCAAGUCUGCUCCGACCAGCUGCCACCACCACUGCCGACAUCGCAUUCUGCUGCCAACGUCGCCAACAUUGCAGUCUACCAUCGUAGUAGUUCCCGACUGCAGGCACUCACAGACUCCGGUGUAUAGAAUGUGUAGUUAAGAAAGCUGUUUAUGGUCUGAGAGCUUUCUCUGGUCUUGCUGUCGCCACAGACCCAUCUUUACUCUCUCUCCAAGAUCACCUGCGUUCAACAUCCUGAUGGUCAGGUGGCCUUCCUGCUGUCAUUGGAUGACUACGUAGUGGUCAGCAACCCAGGCAUUCUGGCAUCAGAAAUUCUGCUGGAAACCGGUGAGCAACAUCAUAAGGCAUCAAUCGAUGAUGACACUUCGUCAAGUGAGUAGCAGCGUGUGUGUUUUAUUAAUGCAUGUGGUUCUUGUAUCCUUUGUUCCUCAAGUUUGUCCUCAUUCCUGUUUCUUAUUAUUUCUGGCAUAGUUUCUGGUUGCGUCGGCAACCCAGAUGGGGGCUAACAGUUGCGGUUCGCAUGCGGUCCCUUCUCUCUGAACUGGAGUCCUUCCAUUUACCACCUCUAUUUGUGGACCAUUCACGUACGCCUCCAUAGUAUAUGCCUCGGCCACAAUUUUGUCUGGACCUUUUGCAUGGCCCUAAGGACACCAUUAACCCCACUGUUCUCCGCUGUCACUUCCUCUCAAUUCUUGACAUGUUCCGGGGCUCUGAAGUGACGGCUCAAUGGCUGAUGGUCAUGUAGGCUUCACAUAUGUUCAUGGAGGACUUACUGAGCAGCACUCCUUCCCGUUGGCUGCACUGUUUUCACUGCAGAGCCGGUGGCCAAAUCUCAUGCUCUUGAGUACAUCUGCUAGUCAUUUCUCCUGUGUACUGACUCAUUGAGCAGCCUACAAGCUAUUGACCAGUGCUACCCUCGCCGCCCUCUGAUAGUGUCCAUUCCAUUGUGUUUGCGUGGACCCCAGGACACGUCGGAAUCCCUGGCAACGAACUUGCCGACAGGCUGGCCAACUUCUAGAGAUAGGCAUCUCCGAAGCUGACCUGUGUUCUGUCUUACACCGCAGGGCUUUCUGGCUUUGGGAGAUGGAAUGGCAUAACAGUACGCACAACAAACUGCAUGCCAUUAAGGAGACUGUGAAUGUGUGGGAGUCUUCCAUGCAGGCCUCUUGCAGGGAAUCAGUUGUCCUCUGCCAGCUCCGCAUUGGCCAUACGUGGCUAACCCAUGGUUACCUACUCCAUCGCGAGGACCCACCUCAGUGUCGCUGUGGCUCCCAAAUGACAGUCGUCCACCUCUUGCUUGACUGCCCACUUUUAGCCACUCUGUGGCAGACUUUUAACUUUCCCAGCACCCUGCCUUUGGUGUUGGGCAACAAUGCCUCCACAGCAGCUUUAGUUUUACAUUUUAUCCAUGAGAGUGGGUUUUAUACUUCUAUGUAGGUUUUAGCGCAUGUCAUUU